GUUACACAGUACAGAGUCACUUCAGCUGCAGGAACAUUCUGUUACAUUGAUCCUGAGUACCAACAAACCGGAAUGUUGGGUGUGAAGUCAGAUGUUUAUUCACUCGGGAUCAUGCUUUUGCAGAUCUUGACUGCGAAACAGCCAAUGGGUUUGGCUUACUACGUUGAGCAAGCCAUCGAAGAAGGAACUCUAAAAGAUAUGCUUGAUCCAGAAGUACCUGAUUGGCCUGUGGAAGAAGCUCUGUCUUUAGCAAAGCUAUCGCUUCAAUGCGCGGAACUAAGAAGAAAAGAUAGACCGGAUCUCGGGAAAGAGAUAUUGCCUGAGCUCAACCGGUUAAGAGAGAUUGGUGAAGAGAGAUUGGUGAAGAGAGUUUAGAGAGUGUGUUUUAUGCAGGAAAGUCUCCACACACUAGCCAAGUCUCGAUUUCAGCAUCUAGUGAUCCUUGUACACCGAAUCCGGAAUCUCCAGCUGCAGAAUCUCAAUCCUAGUUUUGAGAUGGCUGAAGAAAAUUUGGUAACUAAAUAGAAUCAGAUGAUGAUGUUUCAAGUGAAGCUGAAGAUAAAGGAACUAGUGUAACCCAGCCUUGGGAGGAAUAUGGUAUUCUGUUAAAUAAUCAGUUAUGUAAACGGUCUAUUAUAUGUAGGCCCAUCACGGUAUUUAUUAAAGCAUCGAUCAUGUAAAAAAAAGGCCCAAUGGCUCAGACCGGUUUGACUUAACCGGGUUUGUUUUAAUUGAAUUGUUUUUGAAAAACGAGAAAUGGUUUAAAUUCAUAAGCUACAGAUAAACCCUGCAACAGCUUCUUCUCUUCUUGCUCUUGAUGUGGGUAGAAGCAAAGUAGCGAACUUUGUCAAUCUUUGUUUGCUUUUAUGGAGCUUUUACAUAGCUCUUGCAAUUUCGAAACCCUAACCUUGAUUUCUCCUCCUUUACAAUCUUGUAAAUUUGGUUCAAACUCUCUCUUAUUCUUCUCUCCUCGUCGCGUGACCUUGUUCUCGGGGUACAACCACAGUGGCCGCGUAGCUGUUUCGGCCUCUUCGCAGCACGGUGAUUCGAAUUCUAGCAGCUCUAGUUCGUCUCAGACAAACCACGCCUCUCUCGCGCAGGAAUCUAUUGCUGGGUUUCUCCGACUAGAGAUUGGAAUCUCCGAGGUCGAUUCAGAUUUCAUCUCUUCGAAUUGUCCAAAGUACACGCGAAUGAUCGUUGAUGGAGUUAGGGAUUUGGAGGAAUGGAAUUCGUGGAAAGGGAGUAAAGAAUCUGAGGGAAUCGAGGGUUUAGGGUUUAAGGAGAAAGUGAUUUAUAUGGUGAAACAGAAGGGUGAUGGUGGCAAAGUUGCCUUUUUGGAGAGUCUUGGUUUGAGUUUGUCUUCUGCUAUGUAUUUGGCUCAUUACGUCUCCUCUGAAUCGCUUCCCAUUCUUCUCCAUAAGGUUAAGUACCUCAAGGAAAUAUUCUUUUCUGGAAGUGAUGAGAAUGGUCUUGUUGGAAAGUACGCACGACGAAUGAUGCUCUACUUAUCCAUUCCUAUUGAUGAAGAUGUGCAGCAAACUCUUUCCUUUUUCGAAAAGAUUGAAGCAAGGCGUGGAGGUUUGGACAUGCUCGGUUCUGUAGAUGCAUCAUUCAGAUUUUUAAUCGAGUCAUUCCCUCGGCUUCUUCUACUUUCAGAAGAAAAUGAUAUGAAGCCUAUGGUAGAGUUUCUUGAAAGCAUUGGUAUUCCUAAAGGUUGCUCGGGCAAAGUACUUCUCUUGUACCCUCCUAUCAUGCUCAGCAAAACUGACGAGAUCAAAAGAAGGGUAGCCGCAGCUCUGGAGAAGGUUCAGAUUAGUGUAGUGAACAAGGAUUCUGGAAAAUUAUUGCAGAAGUAUCCGUGGAUCCUCUCACCAAGCAUACAAGAGAACUAUUCCCAUAUCGUCUCAUUUUUUAACAGUGAAUCGGUGCUCAAAAUGGAUAUUGACCACGGAAUUAGGAGAUGGCCUUUGCUUCUCGGUUGCUCAGCGAGCAAUAUGGAGAUGAUGGUGAAGGAAUUUGAUAAAUUAGGUGUUAGAGAUAAAAGAAUGGGGAAGGUUAUACCCAAGAUGCCUCAGCUUUUGUUAUGUAAACCCCAAGACUUUCUUAAGGUUGUUUGCUUUUUGGAAGAUUUGGGAUUUCAAAAGGAAAUCGUGGGUCAAAUACUCUGUCGAUGUCCUGAAAUAUUUGGCUGCAGCAUUGACAAUACCCUUCAGAACAAACUCAGAUUUCUCACUCGUUUUGGUGUUUCAUCUACGCAUUUUCCCCGAAUCAUAAAGAAAUACCCGGAAUUUCUCACAUACGACGCAGACAAAACACUACUUCCACGGCUAAAGUACCUAAUGGAGACUGGGAUAUCAGAGAGAGAGCUUGCCUUCAUGAUUCGCAAGUUCUCACCGCUAUUAGGAUACAGCAUGGACAAAGUGUUGAGACCGAAGUUAGAGUUUCUGUUGAACAGUAUGGAGAAGCCGGUCAGAGAGGUAAUAGAAUACCCAAGGUACUUUAGUUACUCGCUGGAGAAAAGGAUAAAACCGCGGUUUUGGGUACUCAAAGGGAGGAACAUAGAAUGUACAUUACAGGAAAUGUUAGGUAAAAAUGAUGAAGAGUUUGCUGCUGAUUUCUUGGGUUUAGGAGAGCUUCGAACUCACCACGAAACGUCUUAGUUAUUUUGUAGGCCAAAGUUUCUUUCAGAAGAUCACUAUGUUAUGAAAUUGGUGAUAUCUCUGAGAAGCAUCUGCAGUUUUGUCUGUGUGCAUUGUUCAUAAAUUCAUAUAGCUGCUAGUGUAUGUACUUACUGUUCUUGUAUACAAGAAAAAAGAAAAAUGAAUUAAAAAAUUCAGUUUAUGUGUGUCUGUA